AUGAUUAUAAACGCAGAAUAUCAGGAUAUUAUUGACAAGAUCAACAGGAUCCGAAGCUAUGGCCUGAACAAGAUGAUCACCAUUCCUCAGAUAGCCAUUCUGGGUGACCAGUCGAGCGGCAAGUCAAGUGUCCUGGAAGCCAUCACAAAGCUGUCGUUCCCACGAAACAUUGAGACCUGCACACGUUUCGCUACGCAAGUGAGCCUACGACAAGGCAACACUCCACAAAUGUCUGCAUCCAUCGAUGGUGAAUUCGAAUUCAACGACAAGUACCGAACGCAUGAUAGCAGCUGGGACGUACACUCAGCCGUCAGUGCAGCCAACGAAAUACUUUGCGCCAACACUGAAAUCAGCGAGAAAGUUCUGGAAAUCACUAUCUCUGGACCAACAUUGUCGCCACUCACCAUCAUCGUCCUUCCAGUCCAAACUAUCCGCACGAUCAACACACGAUACAUCAAGGACAGUCGCACAAUCAUUUUGGCUGUUGUUCCAGCCAAUGUUGAUCUGAACAACAUAUAUGUCCUAGGCGAGGCAGAGCGAUACGAUCAAAACAACGAGCGCACAAUCCCAAUCGUCACCAAACCCGACGCCAUCGAACAGGACCUUCUUCCCAGUCUCAUACAAACAAUCCUGAAUAAGCGCAAGUUCAUGAAACUGGGGUAUCUCGUCAUGAGAAACUCGAGCUACAAAGAUAUCGAUAUGCCUUGGGAAGAUGCCAGACAACGUGAGGAGGAGUUUUUCAAAUCAUCGCCGUUGUGGUCGCAGGUACCAGAUGCGAACAAGGGCCGUGUCAGCGUCAAGACCUUUCUAGGCGAGCUUCUUUACAACCACAUCAAAAAGGAGCUCCCAUUCCUCAAAAAAGACAUCCUUGAUCUGAUCUUCAAAUGCGACAAGGAGAUCGCUGACAUGGGCUCGCCUGUUUUGAGCACUGGGAUGGCAAAAACAAAGUACUUCGACAGUAUUCUCAGGCUCAGGAUCUCACUUAUCGCCCUUCUCGACGGAGAUUAUUCAUUCGAUUACAUCAGCCAAUACAAGUCGGAUUUCGAAAAGCAGGACUCAGCAAUGACUGAUACCGAAAACAGCGCUAGCAGUGGCGACAGCGAUGAUGACGUUGGCGACAGCGAGCCACUCUCAUUGGAGUCAGAUAGCGACUACAGAUUUAUUCGAUCCUCGCUUUACCGACUAUACCAGCGAUACAACGUUGUCAUGAACAAGGACAAGUAUAUGCUGCCAAAGGACAAGAUCAGCGACCUCGUUCUUCGAUACAAAGGAAACGAGCUUCCAGGAUUCAUCCCGUUCACCACUUUCACCAAAAUUUACAUGGAGACGUUGAUUCGAUGGAGCGAUAUUACUAAAGCACAUGUUUACAACAUACAUCAGUUCCUGUACAAGGCCGUCAGCCGCUUCAUAACCUUCUCCGCAGAUCCCCAGAUCAAAGACACGCUUUUAUUCGAAUUCGACAAGUUCUACAGCUCUCAAAUUGUCAAAAUCGAAAAGGAAAUCGACAACAUCUUCACAGAUGAAAGCACACCAUUUACCAUGAAUAAGUAUUACUACGACAACAUCCUCAAUAGCAGGAAGGCAAGCGCGGAGCAACAUAUUCAGCAGCUCGUCAACAACAUGCAAACGCACCUCACCUCGACCGGGGAGCAGGUUAGAGCAACUUUACGGCAGAAUCUGCAAUCAUUCAGCAACAUUACUCGUAUCUCCGAUGCCAAUUAUAAUGAGCAGUUGGCGGUAGAAGACCUGCAGGAACAAAUGAAGUCCUACUGCAAGGUGGCACGCAAACGAAUUGUGGAUGUGUUACUUCUACAAACCAUCGAGCGCCAUUUGAUCAAGAGUGUCUAUCUUUAUUUUGACAUGUUGAUCACCGCGGACGACAACACCAUUAGCCGUCUUAUCGAGUCACCAGCAAAGCAGGCGAAACGCAAAGAGUUGGAUCACAAGGUGGAUGUAUUGAGAAAAAGCCUUCUGGAGCUUUAG